AUGAUCCAUCUGCCCAUAAACACAUAUACCGCCAAGAUGCCGCCUUCUAAGCGUAGAAGCACGCCCUAUAAGUCGCCACCGUCACCUACCUUUAAGUGGUGGGAAAACAAUCAAUGGGCACAAGCGGGCGCGGGCAGUCAACCAGUGCAGGAAACUAUCACGUAUCAACCAGCACUAAACCGGAUAGCCCAACUUGCAGCUUUGAAACAUUUAGAAGACCCAAAAGGAUGCCUGGGAGAAUUAUCAGGAAAGGAAGCAGCAAAAUUCGUUGGACAACAACCACCUGGACAAAACAACCAACGACUCGUUACUCAGUCUCAGCACAAUCUAGAUCAAAGGCAACUAUUCGGGGCACAGAGCGAACCAAAUUCUCCUUUCAAGACCGAUAAUUCAACGAAAAAUUCUUCCGGAAGAUCAAGCAUAAACCCCUUGGCUCGAAACCAUGCCACUACGUUUAAUGGAUUCCAAACUGAUGACCCCCAAGCGUUCCACCAGAAAUUUGGCAACGCUGGCCCUGGCAAUUCUCGGCCAGUGUCCAAACCGGGUAUCCGCGGAGGAGGAGGUGCAAGGGAAAGCCGACAUGCUGCAGGGAAUCCACUUGAAGGAUGGGGUCAAGUGAAUUGGGCGAAGCCUCGAAAUAGACAUUUUGACUCUGACGACGUGCCCGAACCUACCGUGCACGGCGAUGGAAUUGUCGAGACAUCUGCAGAAGACAUACGUUUCCCACCAUCGCACACACCGCAGCAGAACCCUCUCAAGCUUGGUACUAGUGACGGUGGUAGGGUCUUCUACCACCUUCUUUAUCAGAACACAACUCCACCAUUCGAUCCGAAGAAUGUAAUCAAAGCAGCAAAGAGGGCACGCAAGGCCAUGGGACCAAGCGCCGACCCACAAUCGAAGAUAACGCAAGCAUGUAAAUCGGGCGAAAUGAAAAUGAUCAGUGAGGGAUCAAGAGGAACCAUCUGGAGAGUCGAUGAGCUGUGCCCGGAAGUUGUAGGAUGCGCAUUGGAGAUGAGUGUAGUGAGGUUGCAGGAUGGAAAUCAUCAUCGGUUCGAGUUGUUUGGGGUGGGAUUAAAGGAACACAAAGAUGACAUCCUAUUGAUAUCUUCUAUGGUCCAUGAGCUGGAAGGUUAG